CUUCCUUUCGACAGAGCGUACAUCGUAAACCAGGAUUAAAUUAAGUUCAUAAUCAUGCUUAAAUUAUUAUUAAUAGUAUUGCUAGUUAUUCUUAGUAACCAUGGUUUGUGUAAUCCAAUUAAUAGCGAGCCAUCUGCGCUUCGCUACGAACGGAUUAAACGCCAAUUCAGUGCCAAUGUAGGAGCAACACACCUGCAGGGUGAGGGAACGGAUUUCACGGCUGAAGCAAUAGCUCGAUUGUGGCGCAGUCAAAGCGGUACUACGGAAGUACAAGGUUCAGCUAGCUAUAAUCAACAUUUUGGAGGAUUCGAGGGGAACGGUCGCGAUUAUCGAUUAAAGUUGAAAAUAGUUUUCACGUAAAGGAACAUACUUCAAGGGAAGUUUUCUGAGCAAUUGAAAGAACCAAUCACUAAUUCGGCAUCUAUUUACAGAACCAUCAUAC